UCCCGCAAGUUUUGCUUUACUUUACAUGUUAUUUUUGUUUGCCUAAGGAGCGGUAAUAUCUCCAUUUUUACCAUCGCCUGCUUUGUUGUUUACUGUUUAAUCGGUGUGUCGACGGAGUACUAAAAAAUACAGUGUUUCGGGGCGUGGUACACACCUAAAAAAGCCCAAAAGAAGGAGGAAGGGAAGGAAAGCAUCGGUGAGUUGGACUGACCGCGGCUGAGCUUAUGAUGCCGACGUUGCGGGACAGCACCAUGUCCCACCCCGGCGAGAACUCACACCAAGUCCGGGUGAAGGCGUAUUAUAAAGGGGACAUCAUGAUCACCCAUUUUGAGCCGUCCAUCUCGUUUGAGGGCCUGUACGGGGAGGUGAAGGACAUGUGCUCGAUGGACAAUGACCAGCUCUUCACUAUGAAGUGGAUCGAUGAGGAAGGUGACCCCUGCACCGUGUCAUCUCAGCUGGAGUUGGAGGAAGCUCUGCGACUCUACGAACUCAACAAAGACUCGGAGCUCAUUAUCCACGUGUUCCCAUGUGUACCCGAGAAACCUGGCAUGCCGUGUCCGGGAGAAGACAAGUCUAUCUAUCGGCGUGGAGCACGGCGCUGGAGGAAGCUCUACUAUGCCAGCGGCCACGCCUUCCAGGCCAAACGCUUUAACAGGAGAGCCCACUGUGCCAUCUGUACAGACCGUAUCUGGGGUCUCGGAAGACAAGGCUACAAAUGCAUCAACUGCAAACUGCUGGUGCACAAGAAGUGCCAUAAAUUGGUGACAGUGGAGUGUGGCCGACCGAUGAUCCAGGAACCAAUCAUGCCCGGACAACCGUCGAGUCAAUUAGACCAAACUGAACAACCAGGCCCUCAGAAUAAAGACUCCAGAGAAAGCUUGACUUAUGAUGGAGAAGAGAAAGAGGCACGGAGCAGUAGAGACACGGGGAAAUCGCCUUCCAGUCUGGGCCUGGCAGACUUCGACCUGCUGAGGGUGAUCGGCCGGGGAAGCUACGCCAAGGUGUUGUUGGUGCAGCUGAAAAAGACAGAACGAAUCUAUGCCAUGAAAGUGGUUAAGAAGGAGCUGGUCAAUGACGAUGAGGACAUCGAUUGGGUCCAAACAGAAAAGCACGUUUUUGAGCAGGCCUCUAAUCAUCCCUUCUUGGUGGGACUGCACUCCUGUUUCCAGACAGAAAGCAGACUCUUCUUUGUUAUUGAAUAUGUGAACGGCGGAGAUCUCAUGUUCCACAUGCAGAGACAAAGGAAACUCCCGGAAGAACACGCCAGAUUCUACUCAGCAGAGAUCAGUCUGGCACUCAACUACCUCCACGAGCGGGGAAUCAUCUACAGAGAUCUGAAACUGGACAACGUACUGCUGGAUUCUGAGGGACACAUCAAACUAACAGACUACGGCAUGUGCAAGGAGGGUUUGAGACCAGGCGAUACAACAAGCACUUUCUGUGGCACCCCCAAUUACAUCGCCCCUGAAAUACUCCGAGGAGAGGAUUACGGGUUCAGCGUGGACUGGUGGGCGCUGGGCGUACUGAUGUUUGAGAUGAUGGCGGGCCGGUCGCCCUUCGACAUUGUCGGGAGCUCUGACAAUCCAGACCAGAACACAGAAGACUACCUCUUCCAAGUUAUAUUGGAAAAACAAAUCAGAAUCCCCCGCUCGUUGUCAGUCAAAGCCGCCAGUGUCCUCAAGGGAUUCCUCAACAAGGAUCCUAAGGAGCGUCUAGGAUGCCACCCUCAGACAGGCUUUGCUGACAUCAUGGGCCAUCCUUUCUUCCGAAACGUCGACUGGGACCUUCUGGAGCAGAAGCAGGUGGUCCCUCCAUUCAAGCCCAACAUCUCAGGGGAAUUCGGACUGGACAACUUCGACGCCCAGUUCACCAACGAGCCCAUCCAGCUCACGCCUGAUGACGAUGACGUGGUGAAGAAGAUCGACCAGUCUGAGUUUGAAGGAUUUGAGUACAUCAACCCACUCCUGAUGUCAGCGGAGGAGUGUGUGUGAGGGACACGAUGUCUGCGCUCAUACACACCACCCACACACACACUCAUGCAUGUGUUAUGUGGCGUCUCAGUGUCUUCAAGCUGCAUAGUUAGUUACAAGACAACCCGGCGACAUAAACCUUCUGUUCGAGGGCCGCACAUGCACAGUAGAACGCUUAUUUGCCAAAACCAGUCUCACACUCUGCCAUUUAUAACCACUUGCCCUUAAGCCUACCUUCUUUCUUAAUUAUUUUUAUAUCAUGUAAAUCUGCACUGAUAUCAAUUUUCUCAUUGGGGCCUCUCUAUCUGUAGCUCAUGAAGCUACAUAGUUCUUCCAAGGUUGCUGCACACGGGGCCGAGAGGUGAUGAGGCAACGGCCCCUGUCAGAUGAACUGAGCAUCCUCUCCUUCCAGCUGGUGGGGUGUUUCCAAUGCAUAUUUUAUUUGUAUAUAUAUGAAACUACCAUUGAAGAUAAAUGUUAGACAAGGCCUUUUUAGCUUCAAGCCACAGUCGGACAAAACCUGUCAUAAACUCAUUUUGGAAUUAGCUUUGUCGCAACACCCCUUCCUUCUGUAGAGGAGAGAAGAAUCAUAACACUAGCCUUUUAAAAAAAAAAAAAAAAAAGAAGAAGAAAAAGAUAAAAAUUUAUAUAUUUUUCUCAUGUUUUAUUUAACAACAUAGCAGUCAUUAUAUAUGUUGUCCUGAGUGUUUAAAUGUCCAGCCUGAGGAACAGAACCAAAACAAAAAAAGGGUUCAGUCUUCGUUGUUUAGAUGCGACAUCUGUCAGAGGAGAAGGUGUCUGCUUCAAGUCUUUUCCUCCCAGAAUGAAGGAACUUUAACAGCAGCAUCCAACCAACACUAACAACUCUCAAACUGUGAAUGAAAGAGCUCGCUGUGCCGGGAAAUGGGCUGGAAGAGUAGCACAUGAUACCUGAACGCUGGAGCACAGGUUUAGUUUAGCUGUGCAGACCAUCCAUGAAACAUACAUUCACACAGGACCAAAAAAAACAUUUUUCUGAAAAAUGUAUUGCUGGUACGUAUUAGACGGUACAGUAAAUGUAAGGAAGAUGUGCUGUCCUAAGUCAUAGAAAUUAUAUAUUCUGAAUUUUUUUUUUUGCUCAUUUUUAAUACUAUGCCUUUCUGAGAUGUAUGGUCUGAUAAUUUUUUUUUUGUACUUUAUCCAUUCCAUGUAUGUCUUUGGUUGUGAAUCAAACAACUCAACAUAAUUACUGAAUCAAGAGCACAAAGCCAUGACAUACUACCAGUUUGGUUCUGAGGUGUGGCUUAAAAACUGUAAAAACAAAAAUGUGUCUACUGUGCUCCUUUUUUUUUACCAUAUCUAACUCACAAUUCAUGUAAUGAAUCGAACUGCUGAAUUAAUACUGCUAUCAUGCAUAUACCACCACCACCACCCCCGCCCCCUCCAGACUGUAACAACACUAAGUGAUGGCGCAUGAACCUCCAGACUCGUCUCCAGUCAAAGUUUCUUUCUACUUGGAAAAUGUUUUUGGGCUCACGUGGUGACCGGAGGAACAUGUUCAUCUGUUACACAUUAUUUUUUGCUUUAUUGUUACUUUCUAUUGUGAAUCAGAUUUAGGUCUGGAUUUUCUUUAACACGUUAAUUCCAAAAUGUUACUGGGUGAACCCGAUGGAAACACUAUUUGUUGUAUUUGAUGUGUUUUGGGUGUGAAAAUCACCCAGAGGACUCUGCUGAUCUUUAUUAUUAGUGCAAAGAAAAAAACACUGACGGUAAAAUAAACAUUUUAUUUCUCUCUUGUGGUAA